GCAACACGAGCUCCCUUAGGAGACUGCUUACAUCGUUGACACGAUCCAUAUCCGUUCGGUAGACAGCAUUCGUUCGGAUGGCCGGUUUCCGCCGACUCAAUAUAUUUGAUGAUCCAAUACCGAAUGUUGUGGAUGCUCCUCCUCCGCUGGGUUUUGCGUCGGAUGACCCGCCGCUGCUCAUAAAUCAGUCGUCCACACAGCCAUUAUUGCCUAGAGCUCACUCACUACUCGGCGGCAGCGUUGUUCAACACAACAUCCAGCACAGCAUAGACGACAACUCGGCAGUUCCUCUUACGCCACUUCCGAAUCUCGAGAUCCCCGCAAAUGUCUCGAGCUCGCCGGCCGGCUUGACUAACGGCAGCAGCUCCACGAAAUCCGGUAAGAAGAAUAUUGAUCAAGACCUCCCUGUGAGUUCCUCCCUUUCAGUUCCUCCGCCUCUGGCGAUUCCUGUCCCGUCUCCUCGGAGAGCCUCUGAGAAGCUCCUCAACCGGCCGAUGCCGAGCAAAAUCGAGCUUCCUCAGUCGCCUUUGUUCAAAAAUGUCAGUUUGGAGCAACUUCCUCGCUCACCUCUCGCCACGACCUUUUCCUCACCACCUCAGUCGCCGCUGUUCAAGGAUGCUCCAAUCGGUACUCAGCUGGUUCCUCUCAGCUUGCCGCCCAGACCUACUCUCGAAUUACAAUCGGGAACGCAUCGCGAAAUGGCCGUCGAUGUUCCGGACGCAUUCAUUCCAAUGGCUAAGCAAGCGCCACGGUACCCGCCCAUGAAACCCUCGAAUGAUACUCUCUCGCGGAAUACGGAGCUCCCGAAAGUGGACAAGACUCGCGUUUUACGGAAUGGAGGUUCCGGCCAGACGCCCCAGGAGCAGCAGAUGGAAAUGUUCCUCCGAUCUUCCAUCAGACAAUCGAAGAAACUUCGGGAAUUAGAGAAGAGCCCCGCUCCUGUACAAUCGAAAGGUGUCGUCAACAACGCUUUCGAGCCCGAACAAGUUCCCGCGGUUCUGACCCCGAUCGAGCCCCAACCGACAGUUGACGUCACGAAGCUCUACGAUGUCAGCGCUCUGCAGACCGCUCUGAGUCGAGUCAUAGAUUACGUCGGCAAUGACGGGGGGGCCAUCGACGACGGGCCGGACCUGGAUAAAGUCAUGCAACUUCUCGACGCCGAAGAAUUCCAGGGCUGCCUCGCAAUCACCAACAUAAUCAAACAGAUUCUCUGCUCUCAAGCGGCGCCUUCGGCUCCAGUCCGCUGUGAUGCCAAGGAGCUGUGCGCAGACAUCUCCCAGAAUCAAAUCAUCCAAGAUUCGGCUGUCGGUCAGGAAUUAUUGACGAUUCUGAACGACGCGAACAUUAGUCAGCUUCUAGAGUGCCAUGAUCGGAUAUCGAAGGUUUUCGGAGCUCCCAAGGGUGAUCCCGCCAACUCGGUUUCGCCGAAUGAAACGCAAACGGUAAUGCCGGCGGGCCAGAACAACUCGACGCCAAACCGCCGCGUGAUCAAUCCACCACCGGAGCUAGGGAGUUUCUUGGACGAAGGCGAAAACGCAAGGAUCAUUCAAAUUGACAAAACUUCAGAUCCACUCGGAGCCACGGUCCGUAAUGAGGGCGAAUCUAUCAUCGUUGGACGGGUGGUCAAAGGUGGAGCGGCCGAAAAAUCGGGACUGCUACACGAAGGCGACGAAAUCGUCGCUGUCAACGGAGUCGAGAUGAGAGGCAAAACCGUCGCUCAGGUCAGCGACGAGCUGGCGAACAUGCACGGCAAGCUCACCUUCCUCAUCAUACCGAACGAUCGAUAUUCUCCGCCCGAAGUUCAACCCCAAACGCCCGUGAUGCACAUCAAGGCCCACUUCGACUACGACCCCGAAGACGACAUGUAUAUCCCAUGUCGCGAGCUCGGGAUCGGUUUCCAGAAAGGCGAUAUUCUCCACGUAAUCAGUACGAACGAUCCCAAUUGGUGGCAGGCGUACAAGGACGGUGAAGAUGAGACGACGCUAGCGGGUCUGAUCCCCUCGAAAAGCUUCCAACUGCGGCGAGAAGCCAUCCGACAGCAGCUCAUGAACCAAGCAGGCGAAGAACGAGGCGGGAGUCAGCGUGGAAAGCGUCUUCUAUGCGCUCCUACCGUCGCCAAGAAAUCCCACAGUAUGAAAUCUUCGAGGAAAAACUCAAAAGGGAAGAUGUACAAUUCCGCCACGCAAGUUGGUCAAGACGAGGAGCCGCUACUCUAUGAAGAAGUGGGUCUGUACUACCCCAGAGCGAACAAAAAGCGACCUGUCGUGCUCAUCGGCCCGAGCAACAUCGGCAAACACGAGCUCCGUGAACGUCUCAUGGAAGAUACGGCGAGAUUCGCUGCCGCUAUACCUCAUACUUCAAGACCUCGAAAGGACAGCGAAGCUGAUGGAGCCGAUUAUCACUUCAUCAGUCGAGCGCAAUUCGAGAAUGACAUCCUGAACGGGCGCUUCGUCGAGCAUGGCGAGUACGAGAAGAACUAUUACGGAACCAGUUUGCAAGCCAUAAGGGCCAUCGUGCAUUCUGGUCAAAUCUGUGUUCUCAACCUUCAUCCCGAAUCCCUAAAGAUUCUGAAGAGAUCGGACCUUAAGCCAUACAUCAUUUUCAUCGCGCCCCCGUCACUAGAGAAGCUGCGGCAAAACAGAGUCAAAGUCGGAGCGAGCGUGAAAACCGAGGAGCUUAAAGAGAUCAUUGAGAAAGCGAGAGACAUAGAGGAAAACUACGGUGCCUACUUCGAUAGCGUCAUCAUAAAUCACGACCAAGAACGAGCCUACCGAGAACUACUGAAGGAAAUCGCUUUCAUCGAGAGAGAGCCUCAAUGGGUUCCUAAGCAGUGGUUGGACUACGAAUAAGGAUUCCUCAAAACAGUUGCUUUUGACGAUUGUUGUGAUUCAAUUAUUCGCUAGAUAAGUGCCAUCUUUUUUCCCUUCGCAACGCCAAGGUAAAUACGACCGUAUUCAAGUCAGCGGAACCCUCAAUGCUAUUUCGUCCUCUCGAGGAUCCUGUACAAUGUCUAAUUUGUGCCUUUACGACAAUGUCAAAACUCUGCAAUAGACUCUGCUGGCUCGCAAGGAGUCGAGCGACCGGUGGUUCGGAUGUAUUACCCUUGCAAAUAUUUUAUUACGCAGCGUACGAAAUAAAGCGAGCUCUUCCAU